CCAUUACGACCGCUCAUCAAUCAAUUUGUCAAUGAGAGACUUUGCCAGCACCACUGGUUCGAGUCCGACCAAUGCUGACUCUUCGCAUGACAUUCAAACCGAGGACCAACGCUCUGCGCUCGCUGCGCAUCCAACGAUGGCUUGUAAAGAGCUCGGAAGGUUGGCAUUGUUUCAAAUGAGGCGAUGGACAGGAUGAGAAGUGUAAAAAGCAGGUUUUACAUGUAGUGGUACGUUUAGAAGGAGGCGUGAGACAUGCGCGGCGGCGCGCCGGGAACCAAUGACGUCAAGCGGAUCGAUCCGCGCGGUCCUCUGCGCAGUCCGCCAUUAGGCCCGCUGUCACCUGUGCACGUGCACGAUGAGCCUUACGUAAGCCUCCUCGAUGAACAUCCUGCCCAGGGCUCAUGUGCGGGCUAAGCUUUAGGACCAGGAACAGCCCUUCGCAGAAAACCUCCCUCCGAUGGGGCGACAGCUGCGCGCCUAGCAUGCCGGUAGCUUUAGUGAACAUUCGUUAAACGUGCACGGUGAUAGUGUUAUUUAGACGAUUAUAUUUUGGAUUCGUGUUUAUAUCCUAAAUAUGGGAGUGGACUGUUAGUGAGGGAGGCUGCGACGAUCUCGCGAGAGUUUACUGACAAACGGUUAACCAGCAUCCAAGAUGAUCAACAUAGCGGGUGUGAUUUCCAUCAUCUUGUUCUACGUGCUGAUCCUGGCCGUGGGCAUCUGGGCGGGCCGCAAGAAGCCGCCAGGCAAUGAUUCGGAAGAGGAGGUGAUGCUGGCUGGCCGUUCCAUCGGGCUGUUUGUCGGCAUCUUUACUAUGACUGCGACAUGGGUGGGCGGAGGCUACAUCAAUGGGACAGCGGAGGCAAUCUACACAUCCGGACUUGUAUGGUGCCAGGCGCCUUUCGGAUAUGCCCUCUCACUGGUCUUCGGCGGCAUAUUCUUUGCAAACCCCAUGAGAAAGCAGGGCUACGUGACCAUGCUGGAUCCGCUGCAGGACUCCUUCGGUAGCCGUAUGGGCGGCCUGCUGUUCCUACCAGCACUUUGUGGAGAGGUGUUCUGGGCUGCUGGCAUCCUGGCUGCACUGGGUGCUACCCUCGCGGUAAUCAUCGACAUGGACCACCGCACAUCCGUCAUCUUCAGCGCCUGCGUGGCCGUCUUCUAUACGCUUUUCGGCGGCCUCUACUCCGUCGCCUACACCGACGUCAUCCAGCUGUUUUGCAUCUUCCUCGGCCUGUGGAUGUGCAUCCCCUUCGCCUGGGCCAAUGACUUCGUUAAACCACUAGGGGGAAUGGACGUGGACUGGAUAGGGCAUGUGGACAAGAAAUACUACUGGUUUUAUAUAGAUUAUGGGCUGUUGCUGAUUUUUGGAGGGAUUCCGUGGCAGGUAUAUUUCCAACGCGUACUGAGCAGUAAGACGGCGGGGCGAGCGCAGAUCCUCUCCUACGUGGCCGCCAUCGGCUGCAUCUUCAUGGCCAUCCCGCCCGUGCUUAUUGGAGCUAUUGCCAAAGCUACAGCAUGGAACGAGACCGGCUUCAAGGGGGACCUGACCGCCGACGGCGAGCUGACGUCAGACCAGACGUCAAUGAUCUUACCCCUUGUACUGCAGUAUUUAACGCCAGACGUCGUGUCCUUUUUCGGGCUGGGAGCUGUGUCUGCCGCUGUGAUGUCUUCGGCUGACUCUAGUGUGCUAAGCGCUUCUAGUAUGUUUGCAAGGAACGUGUACAAGCUGAUAUUCCGUCAGAACGCAUCCGAAAUGGAGAUCAUCUGGGUGAUGCGCGCGAGCAUUCUAGUGGUCGGCUUCCUCUCCACGCUGAUGGCGCUGACCAUCCCCUCCAUCUACGGCUUGUGGUCGAUGUGCUCGGACUUGGUCUACGUGAUCCUCUUCCCGCAGCUGCUCAUGGUGGUCCACUUCAAGAAGUACUGCAACACCUACGGCUCGCUCUCCGCCUAUAUAGUGGCCCUGCUCGUACGGUUGACGGGAGGCGAGAAGAUGCUGGGCUUGGCCCCGUUGAUACACUACCCUGGAUGGGAUCCGGAGACUGAACAGCAGCUGUUCCCCUUCAGGACUAUGGCGAUGGUGAUGUCACUAUUCACGUUGGCGUUCAUAUCUUGGCUGUCCGUGUACCUCUUCAACUCCGGUUACCUCAGCCCCGAAUCCGACUAUUUCAACUGCGUAGUCAACAUCCCUGAGGACAUGGGUCGUGUGGACGAGCCGUCCGAAGCCGGCGAGCAGAUGUCCGUGCUCGGUGGCGUGCCAGGCCGGCUGUACGGAGCCGCGUCCACUCUGGUCGGGCCAGACGAGCGCGCGGGACGCAUCAACCCCGCAUUGGAACCUGACGAUGACUUAGAUGACCCCAACGACGGACCCACCCCCCUCUUUGGUUCUAGCUCUGCCCCCCCGCCCGUUCAGCCGCUUGGCAAACAGACAGCUUUCUGAGACGAUGCAUACUUCUAUUAAAGAAGCACGGAUGGGCUGGCUAAACAUUACUCUGCAACUACAUUUCGAUGUUAAUUACUGAUUGGUUCGUUGUUGGUCUUUGAAAGGAGGUUGUUAAUUUUAUGUAUUGAUUUUUUCAUGUGUAAAAGCGGCCUUGUGCCUUUUUAUAAAACCAUAUGGCUGAAAUCAAUAUAAUUGGAUUUUGAGUAAAACUGCAAUCGACGGCAAAGAUAUGUGUACGCCUUAUUACAAGGAAGUAAGGCACAAAAGUACAAACAUGUCUAUGACGUAGACAAUGAGGUUGGCAACUGCAAAGGUUUUUUUUUGGCGCCAGCGUAGGUUUUACCUGUCUCUAGUUUUAUUCUAUGAGAUUUAGCUUAAAGAGUUAGCAUCCAGGCAAUAAACUUUCAAAAAAAUAACAAGAAUUUGACGCUAUUCGCAGGAGUGACAGGAAAAACCUAUGCUGGCUCCAUCUGUAAAAUACUUCGACCGGCCAACCCGAUCAUUACACUAAUUGUGGCAUUAUCUAGUAAAAGGGACCUUAUUGUCGAUGGCGCUUACGCCGCACUGUGUCGCACAGCGUUGUAUUUGUAUCGGAGCAUCGUUUAUUACGGCGGAAGCGCCAUCGACAAUAAGGUCCCUUUUCAUAGAUAACGUCACAAUUUAUAUACUUAUUAAUUUAUGUGUGAAUGCCUUAUAAGGUAAAACAUUUAAUAUUGAUAUUGUACUGACCCAAAUUUCCUACCUGCAUUUCGGAUUCAUCAGAUUUUUAUAGCGUUAUUCAUUAAAAUCUAACAGGCUGUUAAUGUUUUUCCUGUGCAGAGGUUUGCUAAGUUUAAUAAGUACUUAACGGGGCUAAAAUUGUAUUUGGGAGUGCAAGGUUGCAGAGUGUCGUGAAGCGCCCGUGUGGACUGGAACGAUGCUCAAAUCAAGGACGUGACUUCUUCCGAUUCUUUUGUAACCAACGACGUUUUUCACAUAGUUCUAAGAGCCAGCACUUAGACGAUGUAGAGGCCUGCGUCCGCCCUAGGCUGGAGAUUUUCGGAAGUGUUAUGGCCUGAAGAAAUUUUGAUACAGAGAAUUAGCAUAUGCUAUAGGAUUUAUUUUGGACAAAGAGUAAAAACCGAAGAUAUACCAGCCUUGGGAUUGGGACGGCGUAUAGACGCCCCCCCCUAAUAUGAUCGCAGUCUAUAGAGUUUGUAUGUACUUAUACUUAUUAAAGCUGUAAAGCGCGUGCAAUGCAACUCAUACAUAUCAAAUUGAACUUUAAUUGUUAGAGAGAUAUUGUAUACAUUAUUUAUAUUAAAGAAGAUUCCUUAUUUAAGUCAAUUAAUGUAGAGAUGGGAGCACAUAUGUGUUGCGUGCUUAUAGAGCGAGUGCGUAUAUUGGCGGAUAGCUAUAGGUAUCGCAAUAUAAGUUGGGGCUAUUCACAUAAGGCCUGUGUUCCGUUCGCGUUUUCUGAGAUAUAUCCCGUUUGAGGAGCGUAUCUCUAUAAAUAUAUUUUUUUUUUCAGGAUGAAAUUAUCUGAUAUGGUAUGUGAGUAGCAAUUUUGCUAAACGUUUGGGAGUUUAAAUUUCGGUCUGGCGUCGGCAAAGUUGUGCUUCAGAUACGACUCGUCUUGUUAACCGUGUGUCACGAUUUAAAAGUGUGAAUCAUUUUUGUUGGCUAUUUUUUUAGAAGUACCAGUAUAUUUUGGUGCGAGUUCUGUUUAUUUCACGAGGUUUAGGAUCUCUACCAAAUAGUUGGUAGGUAAUGCCAUUAAAAUAUACAAUUUAUUUUAUAUGUCCAUGUGAGGUUAUUUGAAGUCGUAACUAUUAACCUUUUAUAUGUGUGUGGUCAAAAAAAGUGGGUUUUAAACCUGUACAAAAAAAUCUUUUACUUUAAUAAAUACGUAAAAUUCGGCCAGGGAUCUCCUUAUCAGACACACAAAAGAGUGUGUGAUUGCAGUAGCCUCAAUUUAAAUUGCGAUACAGUAUAUUGACCCGCAGUGUUGUAGCGCAAGUAGUGUGGAGCGCGUGGGAGAUGAAUUGAUUCAAACAGUAUUCAUGAAAUUGUAUCAAUUUCAAAUACCCACAUAGGUUAAUUAUCAACAAAAACACUGUAUAGAAAAACUAACGAUGCAAUAUUAUUUUUAUUACAAAUAGAUGUUGUUUUAUAAUGUUUAUCUUAGUAGAAAAUUUAUUUGUAAAUAUUUGUUUUGUAUUAGAUCUCGAUUGCUUCUCACGAAAUUAGUGUUAGAUUUAUGAAUAUAUAUUAAAAGCAUUUAUCGAAGCGAAGCUGCAGAAUUUUCCAAAUAUUUAUUUAGCUUGGAUACAGAAUGUGAAGUAAACGAAACUUAGGUAUAUUGAAUUUUAUUGAAAGGUAUAUAGUGUAGGCUUUAAGCCUAUGUUAAGAGCAAUUCCUAGCUGAGCAACUUUUCAAAUCUCGAAUUUUUGAAGCUAUGUUUCUGUCGCGCUGCGGUGGGCGGGAGCCGGAGCUAUCUAAGUGUGAGUGCGCGCACACAGACGCGAGACUCGUGCGCUCGCUCAUUGCGCGCCGUUCCGUCGACAUCGCCCGCGAGCCAGACGGAAUUUAUUCUGCGCUGCCCGACGCAAGUUGUUUUUGUUGUUACCACGUAAUAUUGUUUUUCAUUUUUAUAUUAUACUGUAUCUAUUACACCCUAAUACCAAACACCCUAUCACCUGUACUAAAUGUAUUUUACACCUAUGAUGACGAAAUAAUAAAUGAUUGAUUGAU